AGCGUAUCGCCAAAGCCAUCAAACAGCUGGACCUUAGCGGCAUCAUUCUGCUUGGAGGCUUCGACGCCUUUGAGAGUCUACAUCAGUUCUGGCAGGCCAAAAGUGAACACAGAGAGCUGUGUAUCCCGAUGUGCAUGGUCCCAGUGACAAUAACGAACAACAUCCCCGGCACCGAGUUCUCUGUGGGCGCCGACUCCGCCCUCAACGAGAUAGUCAACUACUGUGACAAGAUGAAACGGGUGGCCCGGGGCAGAACCAACUGUGUCUUCGUUGUUGAGGUGCCCAUGGGUAAAAAGAACUGGCCGGACUUGAACGGAUCACAAACUUCGGAGGUAUUCCUUGUGUAUCCGGGCGAGACGAAAAAAGAAACCAAUCGAAGGGCGUGGUCUGCAGUCAAAUAA